CAUAAGCAACGAAAACACACAUGUUGUUGUUCAAGGUUAAGGACAAAAAACUGCAAUGUGUUUGUUAUUUUAGGCUACUGCUAAAGACGUUGAUCAUAAUUUGUGCCAAACCUAUUUUGUUCCACCCACAAAAUCUCAUUCAAUUAGUGCAAAAUCGUGAUAAUAAAUUACCGUUGGUUUAAUACACCAUUCACAACGACCACAUACUCGAUUGUCUCUAUCGUCCAUGCCAAUCGUUGCCAUGUGAACGAUAGAUUGAAACACAAAACAAGUGCCUACUAGAUAUCUUUCGUCCAGUUGUGCAAGCAGAUUGUAGUUCCGAAAAUAUCAAAUUAUCCUUUUAAUUUGUAAUUUUUAUCCUUCAAAUGGAAGAUUUCAACAAUAAUUCUUCGUCGCGGUCGUCUUCGGAACGGCCAACGUCGCGACGCGGAGGCGGCAUGAGCACCGGCGCCGGUGGAAUUUUCAACUCGUUCAACGAUUCGUCCUCGCCGAGUCCGAUUGGAAUCCUGAGACCAGGAACGGCUAUGAAAGCUCCUUCGGCUGUACGAGGAGGUACCGCAAGCCGGUUGACCGCGUCCAAUGUCCUGUCGGCCAAUUCAUCUGCCUCGACUCAGAGAAUCGGGACGGCGCUGGGAAAUGCUGGAACUCGCAUGACCGAGCGUCCCAUUACCCAACACGGCAUAAGUGGGUUGUCCACUUCCUACGGUAGAAUCGGAACGGCCACCGGAAACCGCCAGGUCAAAGAUAAACGCUACUGGCAGGCAGUGCUCCAAAGCAAAAUCCAGGAAAUAUCGCAAGAGACCGAGAAGCUCCUGAAAGAGAAGAAAUUCCUAGACCGGGAGAAAUCCGCUCGCAAACUUUACGAAAAGCGCGUCAAAGAUUCCGCCAAAGAGCUAACCAAGCUGCAGUCGACGCUCACUUCUAUGAACAUCGCUCUGGACAACUGCAGUUCCGGAAUGACACGGCAGCAGCUCCAGAACGAAACGCUGGCCCUUCGAGAGCGCAAUGAGCACAUUCAGGAGCAGCUGGAAAUCGUAUUCAAGCAGCGGCAAAUCAAGGACGCCGAGAACCGUGAACUGGAAGCGGAAGCCGAAAAGGAGAAAAACAAAAUCAAUGAAAUGAUAUUCUCGCUACCAGAUGCCGACCAACAGAAGUACCGGGAAUACCAGGCCCUGUCGGAUAGCCUCCGGCAGCAGAACACUAUCUACCACAACCAGAUCAGUGAACUUGAAAAACAAAAAGAUCGACUCAACACGAUGAUUAUGAACUCACAAACGCGCACGGAAGCUCACCGGUUGAAGUCGAAGCUCAAGGAGCUGAUUGCAAAACGCAAUCAAAUGCGCGACGAAGAGAGCAAUCGUCUAUCACCCGCACAAGAGCGGGAAAAGUUGAUCAACGAGGUUCGUUCAAACAAUCAGGCACUUUCGAGCAUUGGGAAACAGUUGAAGAUUAUCGAAGAUCAACUGAACGAGAAGAAAGAAAUGCUACAGCAGAUUGAUCAGGACUUAGAGGAAGGGAACUCGGAACGACAUAUCAAGUACAAGGAGUUGAAGAAACGGGAUGAAGUAAUGUCCGCUUUUAUGGACUCAUUUCAGCAAAGUCUGGCGGUUGAAAAGCAAAACGUGGAGUCCCUUAAAAAUCAAAUUACAUAUGCCAUUGAGCAAAUAACGAUGCAAGGGAUCAACACCAAAUCGCUGGGAUCGGACAAACUCGACAGUUCUGGAUUCACAGCUAAAAAUGAUCUCAAUUCUCACUCCGGAUUGAUCAAGGAGUACAAGAAGCUAAGCAUUCAGUUGAAGCAACUGCAGAUUCUAGAAAAACGCACCAUCAACCAGCUGACCGGUCUGCGGCAGGAAGAGACAGAAGCGUUGAGUAACAUUCAAAAGUAUAGCAAUCUGGAGGUUCCGCGAUCGGAGGCAACGGUUAAAAUGAGUGAGCUUUCGAGUGUAUUGCAGGAGUUGGAAGAUAAGAAACGUGUCACGGAGAACGUGGUGGAUGAGGCACGUAAACGCAAUCAAGAGAUCAAAAUCAAUCUGAAGAGCAAUGAAACGUACAGACAGAUUUCACACCUCGAGGAUAAGCUCGUCGAUUUGAUCAAGGAGAACAAAUCGCUGCAGGACUUUGUUGAACAGUUACAGAAGGAAUGCGACUUUUCAGCUGUAAAAGAUGAAGCGGAACAGCUUUUGGAUGAUCAUAACAACUUGCUAUGCGCUGAAACUAACAACAACGUUGCUAAUCGUUUACCAUAAAAUAUUGUAAGCCAAUAAUUUGAUGGUUGAUAAAUUCUAAGGGAAAUAAUCUGAAAUUGAAAAUUAUAUCGCUUAUGGAAAAAAAAGUAAGAAUCAAAAACUUUUCCUAGCACUAUUAGCU